GGUCGCGGUUUUGAUCUCACGAGGAGUCACGGUGUGAGACGGAAAAUCAAUCCCCGCGUGGAAAAUAACCGACGCGGUAUAAAUUUCGCCGAGUCUACAUAAAUUUCCCCUUCUGGGAAGAGGUCGUUGAUCUGCUGUCGCGCUUUCUGCAAUUCGACAAUAAUUCCGAUUUAAGAAUCAUCGAUGAAAACGAUGUCAGCCGCACAGCUCACCAUUCCUUUUCCCGUGCGGAAGAAAUGUAAUUUUUACGGUCGCAAAGAGGAGGUGAAGGAGGAUUUUACGAAUGCAACGGCUAGACGCACGCCUGGGACAUCAAGGUACGUUCCAGUCGUGAAAAAGAUCGUCACUUUAACCAGCAGCGAAUCCGAGUCCGAUUCCGAUAUUGAGAACACGACGAAGGUAAUUAACGAGAGGAAGAUCGAAAGCGCAGGCAGCACGCCACGACGACGAAAGUGCAACGAAUCGGAUGAGGAACGGUCUGGUACUCCACCUAAACAGAGAAGGGACAAGCUAUACCGGCAGUCUUCCUUGACGCCAUCUACUCUUUUGAAUAAAUUAGAUUUGUCCUCUGAGACGGAAGGCAGAUUGAAUCCCAGGCAAUUAUUUGAUUCUUGUUUUUCCGAGGAAGAAGAUGAGAUAGCUCUGAAGCCAUUAUGUGGAUUUAACAAAUAUCAAAAUGCACGUAAAGCAUUGCAUAGUUCCACGACAGAAGAUUUACCUGGAAGGGAAGAGGAAUUAGCUAGACUACAGAAAUAUCUUCUGGAACAUCUAAAUCAAGGAAUGUCGAGUUCUAUGUAUAUCUCUGGUCCACCAGGCACUGGCAAAACUGCGAGUUUAUCCAAGCUUAUGCAACUGCCAGAUGUGAAAUCAAAAUUAAAGGUGGUUUACAUCAAUUGCACUAGCAUGAAAUCUGCGGCUGCCAUUUAUGCAAAGAUAAUUCAAGAGCUGUCCAUACCUAUCACUACAAAGUCAGGAAAGAACAACAAAAUUAUUAUAGAAAAGUAUUUGAUGUCUAAGCAUAAGACAUUGCUCUUGGUACUGGAUGAGAUAGAUCAAUUGGAGAGCCGAAAACAAUCCGUAUUGUAUUCCAUAUUCGAAUGGCCAUCGAUACCAAAUUCCAAGCUGAUUCUCAUCGGGAUCGCUAACGCUUUGGAUCUGACCGACAGGAUACUACCCAGAUUACAGGCCAAGUGUGAAUUGAAGCCGACAUUGAUGCAUUUUGCACCAUAUACCAAGCAACAAAUAUUCGACAUAAUAUCUACAAGACUAAAUCAAGCAAAUGCGGCCAGCAUUUUCACUCCGUCCGCGAUACAUUUGCUCGCGGGCAAGGUAGCUGCGAUCUCUGGUGAUAUCAGGAAAGCUUUAGACAUUAGCAGAAGGGUAAUAGAACUGGCUGAGUCCCAUCAAGUGGCACAAGUGCUGCGUCCGACAAAUGACAAUGAUACCAAUGUAGAAGCUUUGAAGAAGGAGACAGAGACAAUAGAGAAGCCAGUCGACAUGAAGGAAGUAGUUACGGUUCUGAAUGGAGUUUAUGGAGGGACACAGAAUCUUGAUAAAGAACAGGACACAUUUCCUCUUCAGCAAAAAUUACUGAUGUGCUCUCUAUUACUUAUCCUCAAUAAAGGAAGAAACAAGGAUAUCACUAUUGGAAAAUUGCAUGAAGUUUACAAAAAGGUUUGCAAGAAACGCAAUAUAUCCGCCGUUGACAUUUCCGAAUUCGUGAAUAUGUGCUCGCUAGUAGAGACCAGAGGUAUCCUGCGAGUCGUAGGCAAAAAAGAGGCACGUUUGUGCAAAGUAAAUCUGCAAUGGGAUCAAGAAGAAUUGGACGCGGCUUUGCAGGACAAGGAGAUGAUGGCCGAUAUAAUCAACGAUCCAAGUUGUUUGUAAAAUAAUGAAAAGAAAUAUUUAAAUUUUAAUGUUAUGCCGUUUUGUUACACGUAA